CCUCAAACCCUCCCCCCGUAUCAGAGGAGUAGAAACAACAAGCCGCCAUUUUGUUUGUGCGGACAGACCGUCAGAAACAGGAGGAGAUAACCGAGAGAAGGAGCGACUCCGCGACCCACGACAGCCGCUCCGGGAACCGCCGGGGGACGAAAGAGUGCCUGAAUUCUGUCCGUGCUAUCCGGGGAGAGAAAGCAUCACGAAAACCGAUAAGACGUCAGUGGAGGGAAAACCGAGUCGGUGACAUAUAUAUGUGUAUAUGUAUGCAUGAGAAGGAAAUACUCCGAAAAAAUCCAAGGAAGGGGGUGUUUGCGGAGCGGAGACGGGGAGGAGAGGCGGAAGAGGACUGUGUCUCAUAACGAGGGGGGAAAAACCUGCCAAAAAAAGAGAGGAGGGAAAACAUCAACAUGAAAAAUCAUAAUGUGUCCGUCGCGGAGGAAGGAGAGAGCCCGCAUAGACAAUUAUAUAAAUAAAUUGCUGCCGGGCAGAAGAGAGAGGUGGAAAGAAAGACGGGUUUAAAGAGAAGGGGGGGAAAAAUUGCCAGGAUCAACGCGGAGGGGGGGCAUUCACCAUCACAAAGAGUCAAUGAGAGGAUUUUGUCAGCCAAAAAUAUUUCAAGGAGGAGGGGGUGUCAACAUUAUUGUGCCGAUCUGAAGCUUUCCGCUUCCGAAAUAGCCGUCAGAUUUUGAUCAAUUUUUCUCCAGUCGCCGAUGAUUCUCUGCUUUUGCUUCAGAGCUUUUCUUUCUUUUUUUCCUCCUCCACGCGUGGCCAAGACAUCCUUAAAAGCGGCGAUAUUUGUGAUUUAAUCUGAGGUUUUUUUCUCUCAAGUGUUUUUUAAAAAACCAGGAGAGGAACCUCUUGUGGAGCACAAGAUAAGUAACCCAACAGACCGUCCUCUGCAAGAGAGGAAAAAAACUGAUUGGAUCAAUCUGACUGCCCGCUGAUUGGCAAUUUGCGCUGUGAUCGUCCUCGGGAAGUGUACGGAGAGAUAAAGUGUGCAUGUGGGGAGAUUGCACAAGAACUGUGAUUUUUUUUCUUCUUUUUUUGGUUUUGAAGAUCUUCUGUUUGCAGCCGUGCUGACUGCAAGACAUCUCGCGCAAGCGGGUUGCAACAACCACUACGUGCAAUACGAGUCCUGUUCUUUCUGACUACAGUGCCUUUUGCAUGGUCAAACACUUAAGUGCACAAACAAGUCGGCAUGUACAUGCAGAACACAACGAAUGCUAUCAUUGGGUUAUAUGUAGUGAGACAUAUACAGCCGCGAUAGACUUAUUUUUUACCCGAGAAACCGUAAGCCCGGCGUGUCGUUCUCUCUGUGCAGCUGACUAAUUUCUUCAGCUACUUUAAAGCUGGUGCAGGCUGUUUGUAGUGCAGCUUUAACCGUGUCCACUGCCUUGUUUUACUUCUGAGGGAAAUCAGUGGCACUGAGAGAGGUCCGAUCAGAGAGGAGGAGAGAAAUCUGUUGCAUGAGAGAGCUUGGCUCCUGGAGUUAACACAGGAGACUGAAAGAAAGGAGGAAAAAAACAACUCCUGGCUUCUGUUUGCUGGAUCGCAGUUGUCUUUUUUGUGCCCUGACAAAUUGCUCUCCACCCCCCCCACCGGGCUUGGAGCGAUUCGGAUUUGAAACGGAGAUUUUCUCCGCCGACUAUGCCGGGCAGGACUGAGUACAGCCCGGAGGACAGAUCUUGGGACGGGUUUUGUGUCGCAGAAGAGGCUACAUGAGGUUGUCAGAGGGCCGCACGCUUGCCUUUUUUGCCGACUCCACCUUCCCACCUCCGCCGCCUCCUCCUCCUGCUGCUGCUGCUCAAAUCUGUGAAGAAACAAAAUCUCCGACUGGGGAGGGGGACUGAUAUCUGCAGAGAGGAAUAAAAACGAGAGGGGAGAACUGAAAGAACUCAACACUGCUGUGCCUCUUUCCCCUACCGUCCCCCCCGAGCGGUGGGGGAACGAUCAGAAAGGUUUCUUAAAAGGACUGGGAGACGCAAAUAAAGGGGGUGGGGGAUUGCAUUUGCUCUCCGUGGAUCUAAAGCGUUUUAUUUUUAAUUCUUCCAAAAAAAUAUGGCCGAUAAUGUUCUGGAGUCCGGCCCGCCUUCAGCCAAGAGGCCCAAGCUGUCCUCUCCUGCUCUCUCGGUGUCUGCCAGUGAUGGAAAUGAUUUCGGUUCACUCUUUGAACUGGAGCAUGACCUCCCAGAUGAGCUCAUCAGUUCUUCGGAAUUGGGAUUGACUAACGGAGGGGAUGCCAGUCAACUCCACAGCAGCCUCGGAGGGGUCGGAGGAGGAGGAGGUGGUCAGGAUGCAGCUGCAAAACACCAGCAGCUGUCUGAGCUCCUGCGCGCAGUAGCAGCACCACAGCAGGGUGGCCCCACUUCUAAUAGCACGCCAUCUGGGGCAUCCAUGGGGAUGAUGGGGGGUGUCAGCGUUGCCCCUGGAGGACCUCAAGGCAUGCCUCCCCAGAGCCAGCCGCAGCAAGCUGGAUUAAUGCAGCAGGUCGGAAUGGUUGGAGCGCACAAUCGGGCAGCAGCUAUGGUGGGAGCCCAGAAGGGCAAUGGUGGACAGCAGCCUCAGCAGGGGCUGAUGGGGGGCCAGGUUGUUAAUGGCUCACCUAGAAUGGGCUACCCCGGCAGUGCUGGCAUGGGAAACAACAGUAAUCUUUUGCCAGAUGGCCUACAACAUCAGCAGCAAGGCGGUCAGCAAAUGGGAGCCGGGAGUCAGGCAGGGAUGAGACCACAGCAGCCUGGAGCACUGAACAAGAUGAAUAUGAUGGCCAACGCGGGCCCCUAUGGCGGUCCGUACGGCCAGACCGCUGGCCAGGGGGUGCCUGGAGCAGGGCUGGGCCCACAGCUCCAGAAUAAAGCAGGCCUCCCCAGCAAUAUGGCUGCCCAGUUUAGCAUGGAGAAGAAGACACCAGCGGGUCAAGGCAUGCCUGGGAUGACGACUCCUCAGCAGCAGCAGCAGCCUGGACCAGUUGGCGGUGUGUCGGUCAGCGGGGCAGCAGCAGCAGUGGGAGGGGUGCAGGUUGGACUCAAUGCUGUGGGGGCGGGACCCGGCGCCACACCUCCUACUGCAGACCCCGAGAAGCGGAAGCUGAUUCAACAGCAGUUGGUCCUUUUGCUGCACGCGCACAAAUGCCAGCGGAGGGAGCAGGCCAACGGAGAGGUACGACAGUGCAACCUGCCUCACUGUCGCACCAUGAAGAACGUGCUGAACCACAUGACUCAUUGCCAGCUUGGCAAGUCCUGCCAGGUGGCGCACUGUGCCUCAUCCAGACAGAUCAUUUCUCAUUGGAAGAACUGCACACGACACGACUGUCCCGUCUGUCUGCCACUGAAAAAUGCUGGGGACAAGAGGAAUCAGCAGCCUCUGGGCAACAGUGCUGGGGUGGGUUUAGUGAACUCCUUAGGUUCAGGUGUGGCAGGAGGACAGUCCAACGCACCGAACCUGAACCCUCCCAACCAGAUCGACCCCAGCUCCAUAGAGAGAGCCUAUGCUGCACUGGGCCUCACUUACCAGGGCAACCAGAUGCCACAGCAGCCGUCGCAGGCCAGCGUGCCAAACCAGGGGCUGCAGGGACAGCCCGGGAUUAGGACUGUAAACAGCAUGGGGGGAAACUCUAUGGGAGUGAACGGUGGAGUUGGGGUGCAGACCUCCAACCAGCAUUCCUCGCUACUGCCAGAUGCCAUGUUGCACAACUGUAUGACCGCACAGAGUCUGAUGAAUGAUAGUGUGGGGAGCCUUGGUUCCUUGCCCACAGCUACUUCACCUUCCGCUGGAGGCAUGAGAAAGUCUUGGCAUGAAGACAUCACACAAGACCUCCGCAACCACCUUGUCCACAAGCUUGUGCAGGCCAUCUUCCCCACUCCUGACCCAGCUGCACUGAAGGACCGGCGGAUGGAUAAUCUGGUGGCUUACGCUCGAAAAGUAGAGGGGGAUAUGUAUGAGUCAGCCAACAGCAGGGCGGAGUACUACCACCUGCUGGCAGAGAAGAUCUACAAAAUCCAAAAAGAGCUGGAAGAGAAGAGAAGGACACGGCUCCAGAAGCAGGGCAUCAUGCCUGGCCAGCCUGGCAUACCCUCUGCGGGCCUCCCACAGGGGCCUCCUGGCAUGGGACAACCUCCCAUGCCCCCGGGGCAACCACCUAAUGGGCCUCACGUUGAUCCAUCCAUGGUCAGACCAGCCGGCCCCAGUCAGAUGGUCAACAGGAUGCAGAAUCCAGCAGGAAUGAACCAGUUUGGUCAGAUGGGUGGGAUGCAGUCGAUGGGUCAGAGGUCGACGCCUCCUCUAGCUCCGCUGAACCAGAUGGGUAUGGGAACAACGAGGAUGAGUCAGCCUAACGCCACACCGUUACAGAACCAGUACCUCCCUCCAGGCCAGUUUCCUGGGUCCAGUCCAGGACUUGGUCCUGGUGCUGGUGCCGUUGGUAUGAAUCAGUCAGGAACACAGAAUGCUGUGCAUGCGAACCAGAUGUCAACACCGCCAUCCCACCCAGCCAGCAGCCCCGCUCCCCAGUCCGCCCCUUCUGUUCCAGGCUCCGGAGCCCCCGUAGGCUCUAUGGGGUCUGUGAAUGCUGGUGGCACUGGGUCUCUGCCUAACCUGCCUCCAUCCUCCAACCAGUCCAACGCUUUCCCUCAUUGUCCGCCUAUGCGAACAAACUCCCCGUCACCAGCACGCAGCUUAACACCUCAACCCCAUCAGACGCCCCCGAGGUUACCUGGUUGUCAGACCCCGCAGCCGCAGACCCCCAGCACACCCCAGCUGCCCCAUCCCCAGCACCCUCAGCAGCAGCAACAGCAAGCCUCGCAGCAGCAGCCGCAGCCAUCAGUGCACACGAUGAACUCUGAGAAAGCUAAUCACCUUCAACAGCAGACACUUGGGGACACGACCUCCUCGGGCCCUCAAACAAAUCAGGCUUCUUCAGUGCUGAAUCAGAAUGCCCACGUGCCAUCACAGCAGCCACAGACCCCGCUAUCUGCGAAGCCUUCUCUGACAGCAGAUGGUCAGGUUUGCUCUCCAGCAUCAGUCACCAGCAGCACUGAUCCCACCUCUCAGCUCGCUCCAGCCAAAGGCCCUGCUCCCAGCCAGGAAGAUGUGAAAAUGGAGGUGAAGAAACAAGAAGAGGAUGACGAAGGAGCCGAUGCUCAAGGAGACGGCAAGGGGAAGAUGGGAAAGGGUCAAGCUGAUGUGAAGAUGGAGGAGAAACCAGAGAUAAAGAAAGAGAAGCCAUCAGGAGACGGGUGUAAAGGAGAGCCCAUGGACACGUCUUCAUCUUGUGUGUCAUCGUCAGUAGCAACAAGUGAAGACAAGAAGCCAGAAGUGAAGAAAGAGGAAGGGUCAGGGUCAGCAGCCACCAACAGCUCCCCAGCUAACACUCAGAGCAAGAAGAAAAUUUUUAAGCCCGAGGAGCUGCGUCAGGCUCUGAUGCCCACCCUGGAAUCUCUGUACCGGCAGGACCCGGAGUCCCUUCCCUUCCGUCAGCCGGUGGACCCCCAGUUACUGGGAAUACCCGACUAUUUUGACAUCGUGAAGAACCCCAUGGACCUGUCGACCAUCAAGCGGAAGCUGGACACGGGGCAGUACCAGGAGCCGUGGCAGUAUAUAGAGGACAUCUGGUUGAUGUUCAACAACGCCUGGCUGUACAACCGCAAGACCUCCCGCGUCUACAAGUACUGCUCCAAGCUGGCCGAGGUGUUCGAGUCGGAGAUUGAUCCCGUCAUGCAGGGCCUGGGGUACUGCUGUGGGAGGAAGUUUGAGUUUUCCCCCCAAACGCUAUGCUGCUAUGGAAAACAGUUAUGCACCAUCCAACGUGACGCUGCUUAUUUUAGCUACCAGAACAGUUCACCAAAAUAUGGGCUUCUUGCUGACAGGUAUCACUUCUGUGAGAAGUGUUUCAACGAAAUCCAAGGCGAGAGUGUCUCCCUGGGGGAUGACCCCUCCCAGCCUCAGACCUCCAUCAACAAAGACCAGUUCCAGCGGAAGAAGAACGACACGCUUGACCCCGAGCUACUUGUGGAAUGUAUCGACUGCGGCCGUAAAAUGCACCAGAUCUGCGUCCUCCAUAACGAAACCAUAUGGCCGUCAGGAUUUGUUUGUGACAGCUGUCUCAAAAAGGCCAAUAAGACACGGAAAGAAAACAAAUACGCCGCCAAAAGGCUUCCUCAAACCAAGUUGGGGAACUUUUUAGAAACGCGCGUGAACGACUACAUCAAGCGGCAAAACCAUCCCGAGUCUGGAGAGGUCACCAUUCGUGUGGUCCAUGUCUCAGACAAGGUGGUUGAAGUCAAGCCGGGAAUGAAGUCCAGGUUUGUGGACAACGGAGAGAUGGCCGAGUCUUUCCCGUACAGGAUGAAAGCCCUGUUUGCAUUCGAGGACAUUGACGGAGUGGACGUUUGCUUUUUCGGCAUGCACGUUCAAGAGUACGGCUCAGAUUGCCCUCCUCCCAAUCAAAGGCGAGUGUACAUUUCCUACCUGGACAGCGUGCACUUCUUCAAACCUCGACACCUCAGGACUGCAGUCUAUCACGAGAUCCUGCUGGGCUACCUGGAGUAUGUCAAAAGGCUGGGGUUUACAACAGGGCAUAUCUGGGCCUGUCCUCCUAGUGAAGGGGAUGACUACAUCUUCCACUGUCACCCACCGGACCAGAAGAUCCCCAAGCCUAAACGCUUGCAGGAAUGGUACAAGAAGAUGCUGGACAAGGCUGUGUCUGAGCGCGUAGUCCAUGAUUACAAGGACAUUUUCAAGCAGGCAACAGAAGACCGACUGACCAGUGCCAAGGAGCUGCCAUACUUUGAGGGCGACUUCUGGCCUAACGUCCUGGAGGAGAGCAUCAAGGAACUGGAACAGGAGGAAGAGGAGAGGAAGAGGGAGGAGAACAGCACCUCUAAUGAGAGCACAGAUGUCACUAAAGGAGACAGCAAGAAUGCCAAAAAGAAGAACAAUAAAAAGACGAGCAAGAACAAGAGCAGCUUGAGCCGAGCCAAUAAGAAAAAACCAGGGAUGCCCAACGUUUCCAAUGACCUUUCCCAGAAACUUUACGCCACAAUGGAGAAACAUAAAGAGGUCUUCUUCGUCAUCCGCCUCAUUGCUGGUCCCACCGCCAACUCACUGCCCCCCAUCACCGACCCAGAUCCUCUGAUGGCCUGCGAUCUGAUGGACGGCCGUGAUGCCUUUCUAACUCUGGCCAGAGACAAGCACUUGGAGUUCAGCUCUCUCAGGAGGUCCAAGUGGAGCUCCAUGUGUAUGUUGGUGGAGCUCCACAACCAGAGCCAGGACCGCUUCGUCUAUACCUGCAACGAGUGUAAACACCACGUGGAGACUCGCUUCCACUGCACUGUCUGCGAGGACUACGACUUGUGCAUCACCUGCUACAACACUAAGGGUCAUGAGCACAAGAUGGAAAAGCUGGGGCUUGGCCUGGAUGACGACAGCAGCAACCAGGCAGCGGCAGCUACUCAAAGCCCCGGUGACUCUCGCCGCCUCAGCAUCCAGCGCUGCAUCCAAUCGCUGGUCCAUGCUUGCCAGUGUCGCAAUGCCAACUGCGCGCUGCCGUCCUGUCAGAAGAUGAAGCGCGUUGUGCAGCACACAAAGGGCUGCAAGCGCAAGACGAAUGGCGGCUGUCCUAUCUGCAAGCAGCUCAUUGCUCUGUGCUGCUACCACGCCAAACACUGCCAGGAGAACAAAUGUCCUGUCCCGUUCUGUCUGAACAUUAAGCAGAAACUCCGGCAGCAGCAGCUGCAGCACAGACUGCAGCAGGCCCAGAUGCUGAGGAGGAGGAUGGCCACCAUGCAGCGGGUGACCCAGCCGGCUGGAGGGCCACCGGGCGGAUCUGCAGUUGGACUUCCAUCACCAGGAAACAAUGUUACCACAGCGCCUAGUACCCCAACAUCUGGUGGAACGCAACCCCCAACUCCUCAAACCCCGACUCAGUCAAUGCCUCCAGUCUCGCAGCAGGGAAUGGGUCCUGGUCCAGGAGUGCAGCAGCAGUCAGGAGGGAUGCCUCCCCAGCUUGCCCUUCAUCAUCAGUUCCAGCAAAUUCCAGGAGGAGGAGGGGGAGGUGGUGGUGGGAUAAUGAACUCUCCACAACAUCAGCAGCAGCAGAUGCUUCCUCAGGUCCAGCAACAGCAGCAGCCGAGUGGAGCAGUGACCAACCCUCAGCAGCUCCAGCAGCACCACAACAGUUUGCCUCAAUUUUCCAGCAGACCUCCAGGCUCCUCACCGGUCCACCAGUCCCAAGGUAAACCAGUCCUUGGCUCUGCCACGCCUCCCCAACAACAGCAGCAGCCUGGCGGCGCUGUCAUGACUGGAAACAUUGGGAGCCAGCAACCUCCUAACCAGCCGCCGAGCCAGCCCUCCCUUCCACAGCAGCAACCUUCUGGCCCUCCACCGGCAGCUGUUGAAAUCGCUAUGAAGAUUCAGCAGGUGGCUGACGCUCAAAGGAAGAUGGCACUACAGAGACAGGCAGCCCAGGCAGCUGGAAAGUUGAUGCCUUCUCACUCUCAACAUCAACAAGGUCAAGGUCAGCAGAUGGGCAUGGGACACCCAGGGUCUGUAGGCAUGGUAGGACCCCAGGGCAUGCCACCGCAGACCCAAGUGGCAGUGACAGCUGCUCGUGCCCACAUGGAUCAGCAGCAAGGUGCUCCUACGGGGAUGAUGGUUGGCACCAGCGGGCCCAUGCAGCAGCCUCCUCAGCAAGGUAACAUCCCACAGGCCCAGCUGCCCCCUCAGGUACAGCUCCAGCAGCAGAGGAUGGGAGCUCCACUUCAGAACCCACAACAGCAGCAAACACAAUGGACAGCCCAGGGGAUGCCGCCUCACCAGAGGCAAGCUAUGAUGAACCAAGUGGGCCACACUAGCAUGAUGGCCGCUCAGCAGCAGCAGCAGCAGCACCAACAGGCUCAGGGCCAUGCUGCCUUGAUGAAUAUGGUGCAGCAGCAGCAAGGCGCUGGAGGCGGGGUCACAGGGGGAGGUGUACCUGGAGCCACUAUUAUCCAGGGGGUUGGCGCUGCUGGUGGAAACUUCCCCCAAGCAGCCCUCCAGGAGCUGUUACGGAUGCUCCGCUCACCUAGCUCUCCACCUCAGCAACAGCAAGUCCUCAACAUCUUGCGGUCAAACCCCCAGCUGAUGGCUGCUUUUAUCAAACAGAGGGCAUCAAAGUAUAAGGGGGGGCAGGGGGGCCCUGGCGGACCAGGGGGUGUGCCGGGAGGACCAGGUCCCACAGGGGGGCCUGUUGGAAAUGUCAUUGGAGGUGGGGCACCACAGGUGAACUUGAAUGCUGCUGGUGUUAGUCAGCCAGGCAUGCACAUGGGGGGUCAGGGAGGGGCCAAUGUGAACAUCGCCACUAUGGCUCAGCUUCAGCAAGUACAGCAGCUGCAGCAGCAGCAGAGGCCGAUGCUCAGCGGUUUACAGCAGCAGCAGGUUGCAGCUCUGCAGCAGCAGCAGCAGGGAGUGGGGAGAGGAAUCCAGGGCCAGGGGCCACAGAUGGGAAACAUCAGCAAUCCUCAGCUUAGAGACUUGUUCAUGAGACGGCAUCUUCAGCAGCAGCAGCAGCAGCAGCAGCAGAUGGGUAUAAAUCAUGGUCAGUUUCAGCAACCACAGCCACCACAGGGCCAGGGAUUCAUGGGACAGCCGGGGAUGCAGCCUCCCACUGUGGGACAGGGUCCUCCUGGAGGUCCGCCUCUUGGUCCUCAGCAGCCUGGUGGUCCACCGGGCCAGCAGGGGCAAGGCUACCCAGGCUCCGUGGCCCAGCAGCAGGCACUCCAACAGAGGCUUCAACAACAGCAUCACCUCCAGAUGCAGCAGCAGCAGCAACAUACCAUGGCUGGCCUGCCAGGGGGUGAUGCAGGUCCAGGUGGAGAGGGUGUAGGAGGCCCUCAGCAGCCACCUCAGGUCCCUCAAUCUGCACAAAGUGGACCCCAACCUUCUCAGGCCCUACAAGUGCUCCACCAGAGGUUGCUCCAGCAGCGACAUAUGGGCCCCGGUGGGUCACCAGCCCAGCACAGUAACCCCAUGAGCCCUCAGCAGCCGCAGCAGAUCGCCCAAUCUCCACAUCCACACCUGCAGGGCCAGCCUCUGCCCACAUCCUUGGCUAACCAGGUGCGGUCCCCACAGCCGUCACCCAGACCCCAGUCCCAGCCGCCGCACUCCAGCCCGUCCCCACGCAUGCAGCCUCAGCCUUCUCCGCACCACAUCUCCCCCCAGUUGCAGACAGGUUCGCCACACUCAAGCCAUCUAAACCAGCACCACCCGGGAAUGGUAGUUCCUUCACAGCAACAGCAGCAGCCAACGACUCAGCAGCAGCAGAACACUAUGGAGCAAUUUGGGUCAGACCAGAGUGCCAUGCUGUCCCAGCUGAGUGGCAUGGCCGGUCUGCACGGGCCGGGGGGCAACAGCCAGGACCCGCUGAGCCAGAACAUGAAUCACAACCCUUUAAACAUCAUGUAGGACUUCUCCUCAAAGUGUCAAGCUGAGCUGAAGUUCUCCGUGAUCCUUCGCACAGACUGCACUCGCCCAGGACAGUAUUACUGUUAUUAUUCAGCCUUCCCUUUCUUUUUUCUUUCUUUUUUUAAUACUAUUAUUAAAUGUUAUUUAAAAUGUUUUCAAUAAAGAUGCAUUGAACUGAACUUCCUAUGGGAGAUGAACAAUAAAUCAAACAGUUGUUAAAUGAAUUAGAAUAAAUAAAUUGUAAGUUAUUGCUGUUAAUAUAUAUAUAUUUUUUGCCAAUUGUGGACAAAGAGGGAGACGGCUUCUCUAGCACCCCCACCCACCCCCAUCCUGCCACCUGUUACAGAGUACACGAAAGGUGAUAUUUUUGGGGGAUAAAUACAAGUACUUGCCUUUUUUUUUUUUCUUGUUGUUUUUUCAGAAAUGGUUUUUAAGAUUUUAAAAGUGGUUGAGAAUUAAAGAGGAAAUGAUUUCAUGCAUACAAAUUUUUUUUUUUUUAAAUAAAUAUAUAUCCAUUUUCUUUUGCUUUUGUCAAACUCUUUCUGUUUUAGAGUGAUGUGGAUAAUUGUUAAUGUAGAUCCAAACAUGAUGCAUAUCUUCCCCUUUUUUAUUUUUUAAUGUUUGGGUUUGCUUUAUUUAUUUCUUUUAUUUUGGGAGGGGGCGGGGUUAUGUACCUUGAGACUGCUACGAUUCCUAUAGAAAUAUAUUUUUGUUAUUGACUGUUAAGAUUUAGACGUCUGUAGUCGACUCUGUCCAGCUGGGGAAAAUGUCAGUGUUUUCUCGCAGAGGUUGAGGGUCUGCUCCGAGUCUGACGUGUUGAACGGAUGUGUUUCCGACGUUCCCGGACAGCUUUUUGUUUUUCUGGGACAUCAGUCAUGCUGGAAGACACUCUUCUCCCCCUGCCUCACAAACAUGCAACGCCCUCUCCCUCGAAUGUGUGUGCACUCCUUCCUUUUUAAAGACGCUUAAAACGGAGCAGUGGAGGCUUGGGGAGGGGGGGUGCAUACCUGUGUGCCUGUAACAUUUUGAGUACAUUGGCUGGGAUAUGAAAAACAAAAAGAGUGGGGUGGGGUUUUAGUGUUUUUAGGAUUCUGCUGUUUUGAAGUAAACAGAGGAUAACGAUCCAAAUGAACUGUGUUGCACAGAACUGAGGCAAAAGAAGGUGAUGUGAGCAGCUGGUUUCCGUCUCUUUCUGCCUCGUCCCCUUUGCUGCUUCCCUUGGACUUUAAAUCCCCCCUGUCUACUCUUCGAGAGGGAGUUGGGGUGAGCUUCCUCCCCAUGAACUCCAUCCUCUUUAUCUUUCUGCUAAGACCUUUGGGAGUUUAACUUAAUAUUUUUUACUGUACAAAGGAAACAAACUGUGGACUCAAAUACUGUUUUUAUAAUAAAAUGAAAA